AUGGAGCUUUCUUCUUCCUUCACACUCUCCCGCAGCUUCUCCUUCUCAUCCUCGCUCACUCCCAACCCAUUUCAAAUCCAAAUCUGCCCCAAAACCCCCACCGCGCAACCUUUCCCCCUCCGCAUUUCCGCGGUGGCAAUAAACCAACCGCAGGAGGAGCUUCCCAAGAACAGUCCCCAGCGCCUUCUCAAAGAGCUCGCGGAGCGCAAGCGACCCUACCGCCGAAAUCCACGCGCGCCCCCGCGGGGUCUCAUUCUCACGCCCCCACUAGACGACAAAAGAUUGGGCAACAGGUUUCUGAAAAGCCCCCAACUUGCUCUCAAAUCCUUCCCCCUGUUGAGCUCGUGCCUACCCUUCGCUGAGCUCAACCACGUCGACAGAGCGUGGAUGGAGCAGCACCUGCUAGAAGCGAAGCAGGCGCUGGGGUACCCGCUUGAGCCCUCCCACACGCUCGGCGACGACAACAAUCCCGCCAGAGAGCUUGACACGCUUUUGUACCUGGCGUUUCAGCACGAGUCGUGUAGGAGGAGCAAGGCGCGGCACGUGCGCUACGGUCACUCCAGGCUCUUCUUUCUGGGGCAGUACGUGCUGGAGCUGGCCUUCGCGGAGUUUUUCUUGCAGAGGUAUCCGAGGGAGUCGCCCGCCCCAAUGAGGGAGCGUGUGUUUGGGCUGAUAGGGAAGAGUAGCAUGCCCAAUUGGAUUAAAGCUGCGAGCUUGCACAAUUUGGUAUUCCCGUAUCAUGAUAUGGAUAAGUUGGUCAGGAAGGAAAGGGAGGCAACUGUUAAGUCUGUAUUUUGGGCUUUGUUUGGGGCAAUCUAUCUCUGUUUUGGUAUGCCAGAAGUAUAUCGUGUUCUUUUUGAAGUCUUUGGAAUGGAUCCAGAUGCUGAGAAUUGCCAGCCAAAAUUGCGUAGGCAACUCGAAGAUAUAGAUCAUGUCUCUGCCGAGUUUGAAGGCAAGAUAAGCUGGCAAGAUAUGGUUGUGUACAAGCCUCCUGCAGAUGCCUUGUUUGCGCAUCCACGGCUGUUCAGAGCUUGUGUUCCUCCAGGCAUGCAUCGGUUUAGAGGAAAUUUAUGGGAUUAUGAUUGCAGACCUCAGGUUAUGCGAACCCUUGGAUAUCCAUUAAAAAUGACAGAUAGAAUUCCAGAAAUUACUAAAGCCAGGAACAUAGAGCUUGAUCUUGGGUUGCAGCUAUGUUUCUUGCACCCAUCGAAGUACAAAUUUGAUCAUCCUCGAUUUUGCUACGAGAGAUUAGAAUACCUUGGCCAAAAGAUUCAGGAUUUGGUAAUGGCCGAAAGAUUGUUGAUGAAGCAUUUAGAUGCUCCAGGGUCCUGGUUACAAAAUAGGCACCGCAGGUUUCUUAUGAACAAGUUUUGUGGAAAAUAUUUGAGGAACAAAAAUCUCCACCACUUCAUUAUAUAUUCCGAAGGGGUUCAAGACUCAUAUCAGCGCAACUAUAGACUGAGAUACCCAGUCAAUACAGCUGUUCAACAGGCUCUUCACGGGCUUUCAUAUGCUGUUUAUGGUAAACGUGAUGUGAGACGUCUGAUGUUUGAGGUUUUUGACUUUGAGCAAACCCAGCCCGAGGCAAUGUAA